CAAAUUGUCCACCUCUCCGACCCACUUCCCCAAAUCGAGGACUUCUGUACUUUCAGGACCAUCCAUAUUUCUCUCCGAGAAAUCGAAGCCCUAAACCAGACACAGUCUGCUCCUCCCACACGAAAUAUGAAGCGGAAGAAAUGGUCGGAGGUGGAGGAGCAGACUCUACUGACCAAGUACUCAGAGCUUCUGAACUCCGGCGCUCUAUUCAAGCUCAAGACAAGGGAGAAAAAGUUCAAACCCAUCGCCGACCACGUCAACUCGGCGCACCACCUCAGCGACCCGCUUCUCUUCCCCUUCAAGUGGUCCUGGCGCGACGUCUCCAUCAAAGUCCAGAACAUGCGGCACCAGUACCUGGGAGUGAAGCAGAAGAUCCGUACAACGAACAACGAGUUCAAUUGGAGUGACGGCGAGAAUCACUGGGAGAAUUUCUUGAAGUACAAGGAAGUGUUUGGGGAUGUAGAGCUCGAUCCGAAAGAUUGCAACUUGGAUUGCGGUAAGAAUUUCGGGGACGAGCUCUUUACCGAUGGGGGAAUGUUAGGGUUACCGUUCGGGAUUGACAGCGAAGAAUCGAAAGAGGGAGAUGACGGAGAAGAAGAUGAUGAUUAUGGAGAUUCGGGUUGUACCCGGGAGAAGAAGCCAAUGACCCGAAUUUCACAAAAAAGGUUAAGAAUGGCGGGCAAUCAGAUAUUAGGUUUAAGAAAUGUGAUUUUUAUGAGGGAGGAGAAGAUGAGAGACAGAGAUUGGGGCAGGGAGGAAGAGAUGACUGAGAGGGAGAAUAGAAGGAGAGAAACAGAGUUCCGAAAGGAGAUUCACGAUGACGAGAAGGAGAAUGAGAGGGAGAUGAGGGAACUGGAAUUGGAAGAGAAGCAGAUGGCGUGGGUGAGGAAGGAAAUGGAGAAAAGAUUGAGACUUGAGAGGGAACUGAGUGAGGAGAGGGAGAGGAGAAUGAAGAUAGAGGAGAAGAGGGAGGAGGAAGAGAUGGAGUGGAGGGAGCGUUUGGUGGGAAUGCAGAUUGAGCACGAGAAGCAGAUGAUGCAGAUGCACGGGGAUGCUUUCCAGAACCAAAUGCAGAUUCUUGGGGUCAUGACCAGACUCAUUUGUCAAUUUUUUGGAGUUGCAAAUGAUGAUCAUCAUGUUCUGCAGAACUUACAGGAUUCUGGUGGAGGCUUGGUGGAGGAGGAGGAGGGCAAUGUGAAGGCUGAUGCUGCUUCUCCUUCUGAGUUUUGUAGACUGUAAUUAACUUACCCUGUCAUAUGAUUUACUCCGUAUUAAAUACCCCAUUGUUGUAUUCAUACAAUUAUCAUAUUCAUAGAUUUGAUUCUGAAACAAUAAUUUGGCGUUAGAUUACUGUUUCAUGUGUGUAUCCUAUCUUACAUACUCCACAUUGUAAUUAAGCCGUUUUAGAAAAUCUCAUCUUGAGAAAAAACCUUCUUAGCCAGAUUUUCUCACCUGAUUAUAUUUUAGAUUUUUAGUGUGUUAACUACUAA